AUGCAGAAGUAUGUGAAGGGUGCUCGCAAUGGUCGACCAGAGAGCCCUCAGCCAGCCGUCAACCACCAGCGAGCGAUUCAUGCAGCGAACUUGAAAGUCGCGAUGAGACCCGAGGUUGCCCGGCCGUCCGCCGUACAAGGGCUUCGUGGGCGCGGUGAGAGCAUCAUCCAACAUCAACCUGCUUCCUGGCAACAUCAGCACCAGCAGAAACAGCCGUCAGGUGACGGUAGAAAGGGUGAUACUUACGAUACUGACGCCGAAAGCAUUGACACGACGGUGAACCACUCAGUUGUUCAGGUUGAAGAUAAUCAGCUGUUCGAUCAACAGCAGUUCCAGCCUGACAACGAAGAGGAUGAGUCUGGCGGAGACGAAGAAGGUUCUGGUGAAGAUGAUCUCGAAGACGAAGAAGUCCCGGAAGACAUCCCGGAGGACAUCCCGGAAGAGUAUCGGCAGUAUCUUGUUGACCACGGCUAUGCAGAGGCCAGCCACGACCAACAGAUACGGUUCCUACGACAAAGCCAACCCCACGUGUUCGUAACAAUCGAUGGCGAUUCUUACCCAACCACAACUGAUGGUAAUCCCACAGAGGUGGAGGAGCAGCAGCAGCAGCAGCAAAUUUAUGCGGACCCCGGCUCACCAUCGCCACCAUCGCCACCAUCGCCAUCUCCACAGCGUCUUGCUGGACAAGGUCAAACUCCUUCAACGUUCAAUCAGCGACGACAGCAAGCGGCCGAUGUGCAACACUAUAAUCCUGUCAUGCAGCAAAGCUCCAAGCUUUAUCGACAGGGUGCGCAGAUACGUGGACAACAGCGUCUUGAGAUUGCUGCACAUGCCCAUACUCAGUCUGGCCGACAUCACGUUAUAUUCAAGCCACCAACAAGUCGACCGCCCACACACAGCCAAGCCAACCCUAAACCAGGUUUCGUGGCGCCUCCGACGAUUCAUACGGUCGAUCAAGUUGCCCAGAGUGGCUUCCCACAGCCGGCCUGGACAGUUCCACCUGCAUCAGGGUAUUUACAGACCCCAGUUCCGAGAAUCGUAGAACCAGCGACCAUCUCCAAGCGUGCUCCAGUAACGCGCACCAAAGUCGUGCCUAUCAUCCAACAGCCUAGUGAACCUCAAAUUAUGGAAUCCGCGCUUGUCGAAGAGCACCUAGAGCAUGUGGGUGACUAUGACCAGAAGGUCCUCUCCAAGAUGCACUACGAGGAACUGAGAAAUGAGAGUUUCGACAACGAUCCACGCGAGCAGGAGCCUACGUUGCCUGAAGACAUGCGUGACAAGCCUCUGCAUGAGCGUCUGCAGUUCGCACAGCAAAAGCUUCGUCCCACCGAUCAAGUCAAGUUCUUUAGUGCCCUCCCGACCACCGAGUGGGAAGAUGCGGGCGACUGGUUCCUUGGCCAGUUUACUACUAUCAUCACAAAGACACGAGAGGCACGACAGACGAAGCGGAAGGAGGCCCGACGCUUCGAGGCAGAAAUUGAGAGACGCCACAAGCAUGUAGCGAAGAAGCAGCGCCUUGUCGAAGAAGCCAUGGACAAGAUGAAGGCCCAGGGUGAAAGACUUGUGCCAAAGAGCCCUAGGUCUUCAAAGAGUCCUCGGCGUAGGAGGGAUUGA